UUUUUUGCUGGUUUCCUACUGUCUGGAUUAAAUACUUUGCAAGCUGUUGUAAAAUACCAUGUGACUGGACUGGACCAGACAGGAUUUCCUUCAAGUGGGUUAGAAUGAAACCAACAGGAGCAGAGGACUGAAGCAAUUUAAAUAUUCAAUGCAGAACCUACAGUAUUGCUUAAAAAUACCUUAAAUGGUAAACAGCUUGGUCAAUCUUGAAAUGCAUCAAUUAAUGCAAAUUGGAGUAAUGGACCAUAUCUUAGCAGGCUGAAAACAAGAAUUAAAAAAGACUCUUCCCCCAAAAAACAGAAAAUCAAAAAAAGAAGACAUAGAAACCACCUUAUUGAAACAUCAGAGCACUGCAGAUUUAGUCAGAUUUCUCUCGGCUACUCUCUAUGAUUAGAGUUUCUGAUAUUUUUAUCCCAAAGAACUCCAUAGUAUUUAAAAAUCAACUGAAAGACAACCACAGAGAACAUUAAGUCCAAACAAGCACAACUACUUAUGUCCAGAGAGACUGUAAUGGAAUAUUAUAACUUUCAUGGAAACAGCUUUAAUGAAAAAGACUUUGAGCAAACAUUAUAAAACUCUGCCAACUUCUGGAAAACCCAUUGCUAAUGUCCCUAGCAGAUUGUCUUCAAAACAGGCCCCAACAACCAUUGGGUCAGAGCUUCCUGCAUUUUCACCAGAUGUAGUGAGUUUAAAUUCAACAAAUCCUGGAAAGAAGAGGCCCAAGACUGUGACAGUAUCAAAAAAGCAAAGUACUGGAAGCAUGUCUCAGGAUCAAUGGGAUCGACCAGUUAUUCCACCAAGAAGACCAGGCUUAAGGGUGUGCUAUAUCUGUGGCAAAGAGUUUGGUUCACAAUCUCUUCCUAUUCAUGAGCCAAAAUGCCUGGAGAAGUGGCAUAUUGAAAAUAGCCAACUACCGAAACAUCUCAGGAGAGCACCACCAGCUAAACCUCAGGCUCUUACUGGAAAGUCUUCUAGUAUAGCAGCUGAAAAUGAAGCAGCAGCUAAAAGUUUUCAAGCUCAGCUCCUGCCCUGUCAAAACUGUGGUCGCACUUUCCUCCCAGAUCGCCUCCUUGUACAUCAAAAGAGUUGUAAACUGAAGUCUAAACCAGCUUCUUCAAACUCCAAAUUGCUUACACCUGCAGGUUAUGGGGCAUCAUCAUCAGACAAGUACCCCAUGAUAAGGCGACCUCCUACAGUUAUUUGUUAUAUUUGUGGCCGUGAGUAUGGAACCCAUUCCAUAGGCAUCCAUGAACCACAAUGUCUGAAAAAAUGGCAUAUUGAGAACAAUCAACUGCCAAAACAUUUACGAAGAGCUGAACCUGUAAAGCCAGUUGUGUGUUCCAUAGGAGCCAAAGGUUACUAUGAUCUUGAUGCUUUAAAUGAGUCUGCAUGGCAAAGUGCCCAGAGCCAGCUAGUUCCAUGUGAUAUUUGUGGCCGUACCUUCCUGCCAGACAGACUGAUUGUCCACCAACGGUCCUGUAAACCAAAGACACCAAAAUAAAGUUCUCCUCAUGUUAAGGAUUUAAAGAACAAAAUUGUUCUCUAACCUCUAGAAUGAAAGUUAUACACUGAAGAAUCAUUGAACUACAUAGAAUCAGCAUAAAAUUAACAUAGUAUUGAUUAUGUGAGUGACAUAUGGGACAUGUAGCACCUGUGACAGUGUUUUGCAGCAAUUAUUGAUGGAAGUGGCUCAUAAGGACAAAAAGAACCUUUAUAGAAACAUCUGCAAGAUGGAGCCUUCACAGAAACGACUGUGGCCUUCACACUGUUCAACGAUUACCAUUCUUCCAAGUAUUGCAAUGUCUGUUAAGAAAUGGUUUUGUUUGAAAGACUCCUCAUUUAGUAAAUCAUGUAUAAGAAUGUUUAUUUUCAGUAAUGAAUUUUUGAUUUAAGGGAUCGAUUGACAGCAAUAUAAGGACCAUAAAAGUUUUGAUAUCCUUCA